CCCCGUGGAUGCCGCAUGAACGCCUGCUACCAAGAAACAAGUAGCCUAAAUUAAUCUGCCUCGAAGUGUAAUUUAAGUGUUUUUCGACCAAGGAAGAUGUUAGUGAUUGAAAUGCAGAGUUUUUCUCUUUAGGAAAACCUGCAGAAAGUAAAAAACUACUGGUUUUAUUUUCUUUGGAGCAUCGAAGACCAAAGCUAAUCGACAUUUUUUUUGACUCUCUAGAGGCGACAUUUUUUUUUAGUAAAAAAAUAUAUAAACUACAACCGCUGAAAGGAUGAAUAAGCGAGAAGGUGAAGGAUGGUCACGGAGAAAUGUUGAAGCUGCACAGGAGCAUGAUGUGCAUGCCAACCCGUCCUCGCCAAUCGUCGCUGCAUUUAAAGUUUUCCAACAGGAGCUGGACACCAAACACGACAAAUAUGAACGCCUUGUUAAAAUCAGUCGGGACGUCACCAUCGAAAGCAAGAGGACCAUUUUUCUUUUGCACAGAGUGACCAAGUAGGUGUUCAAUUUUUUUUUUUUUUUUGUUAUCUACAUUUCCUCCUUGUUUUCCCUCAUAUUACAGAAAACAGCUAGCCUGGUAAACCAGACUAAAUUCAAAAAUCAGCAUCAGAGCCAGCGGUCCUUCACACAAGGAAUUCAGGAGUACGUGGAAGCGGUGUCCUUCCUGCACUACAUCCGUCAUCGCAGCCUUAUCAGCCUGGAGGAAAUCAAUGCAAGGCUCGUCUUCAUGAGAACGGAGAACGGCGAUCCUAAGGCCUCGGCUGAAGCCCCUCCUUUGGGCGCUCACGUUCUGACAUUCCAGGUGACGCCGGCCGACUACCUGUUGGGCGUCGCCGACCUGACAGGGGAGCUUAUGCGGCUGUGCAUCGGCAGUGUCGGAAACGGCGACAUAGACACGCCGUUCCAGCUCAGCCAGUUCCUGAGGCAGAUCCACGACGGCUUCUCCUACAUCGGGAACACGGGCCCGUACGAGGUCUCUAAGAAGCUCCACACGCUCCGACAGAGCCUGGGUAAAGUGGAGGACGCCUGCUACACGCUGCGCGUCCGCGGCUCCGAGAUCCCCAAACACAUGUUGGCCGACGUGUUCAGCAGCAGGACCACCCACAUGGACACUGAGGAGGGAGUCGUUUAGUUAAACACCCUUCAUAACCUUUGUUGUGUCCUUUUUCAUUUAAUGGGUUGACAGCUGUUCAUGUAAUAUGCUUGUAAAUUUAUAGCAACUGUUAGGAAAAGAAAUCUGUUUUAUUUGUUGAGAUGUUGAAUAUUACUGCUGUUCUGCAUUAAUAAAAGUUAUGUUGUCCUCUCUCACCAACUUGCAGCUAAUUUUGUUUUUUU